UUCGCGCCGAAGGCUUGCUUUUGCAAUAGCUAACCACGGCUCGCCAUGUCUUAUGAUCAACAAAUGGUUUAGCGACGGAGAGCGGUCAGUGUAGCGUUGUCGUUGUAAAAGCAACGACUUUUCUGGUAAUCAUUUUGCUCUCGCAUUGGUAGUUCUUACUUUCGAUAUCGUUUUUGUUUAAAGCGAAUUUAGUGUCUUAGAAAGUUGAUUUAAUAACAACUGCGUUCAUUUUUUACGGUACAGUAAUUCAUUUCUUAAGAAAGACCAUUAUUUACCAUAUUCGUGAAACUGGAUUUUUGUUGAAAUUUGCAGGAAUUAAAAUUAUCAGAGAAUAUGACUGUUACAUUGGCAGCAAAACAUGAAGUAGCAAUUGACGAUAAUGACAAUGAAACUUGCUGUACAAAUACGAAGAAUGGAUUACACGAUCACACGCAAUCCUUAUUAGAAGACCUACCCACCUCAGAAGAAAAAGAGGAGAGUAAAAAAAUUGUUGAAGAUUCCGACAGUGAUGAUGAAUACGAUGAAAUUUAUUACCAGAAAGCGAAACAGCUGUUACCUUACGAAGAGGCCCCCUCUUAUUUACGACAUAAUCCUUAUAUAUUGACAGGAUAUAGAAGGAAUCUCAAAACAAGUUUAUGUAUAUCUAGUGUAUUUUGGUGGACCAAUGAAACGAUUAAUAUUUGGUCCCACAUAUUUGGGUUAUUCCUUUUUGUGGCAUUAACAGUGUAUGAUUUUAUGAUUUUACACGUACAAGCAACUCUAUCGGACAAAAUUAUAGUUUCUUUAUUUCUAGGAUGUUUUAUGUCAUGUAUGGCAUUUUCUGCAUUGUACCACACAUUUUCGUGCAGAUCAGAAAAGGAUUGCGAAAAAUAUUUAUCAUAUGAUCUUUUUGGUAUAGCUUUGUCUUUGCUAGCUAUUUAUACAUCUGGAAUAUAUUAUGCCUUCUGGUGUGAUACAGACUGGCAAUUAUUCUAUACCAUAACAGUAACUGUGAUCUUUGCUAUAGCAAUGGCAAUGCAUAUUCCUGAAUUUAAUGUAGAUCCUAAUGUCAAGACAAUAGUGUUUGUCGCCUGGGGUCUCUAUGGUGUCAUUCCAACUAUUCAUUGGACCAUCAAAAAUGGCGGUUUGGACAAUCCCUUGGUAGCUAUCUUAUUGCCAAGAGUAAUAGGAAUGUACAUGAUUAGCGGUGUUGCAUUCAUCAUCUACAUAACCAAGAUUCCGGAAAGAUUUUUGGCCGGAAGAUUCGACUAUAUUGGACACUCACAUCAAUGGUGGCACAUUUUUGUUGUUUUGGCUCUUUACUAUUGGCACAAUAGUGGUUUAAUCUAUAUAGAAUAUAGAUUAAAUCAUGCUUGCCCAAAUAAAAUGAAAUUUCCUUGAUUUACAUCUUCUUUAUUGUUAAUUAUUUUUAUUGCUUUAGUUAGUUUUGUGGUACCUUUCUAAAUAAACUGUGAUAAAGUUUA